UGUUUUCCGCAUGCAUAUGCCUGCAGACGGGAUCUCGUGUCUAUUUUAUACUAUUGUUAAAAUUUUUCUUUUAUAAGUAUUACAAGCAACAAGUUCGUGAAACUGAUAUUUUCUUCGGUGCUCAUUCCGCUGACUUUGACGCCCCAGCCUUAUUACUUUUUGAGCAAAUAUGACCGUUCUAUCCAAAUACGUUGACCGCAUAGCGGAAAAAUGUGAACAGAAUGGACUUUCAAAGCACGCAUUUAGCUGCGUCCUCGUGACUAGUGCAAUAGUAGCUCUCACCAUUAAAAUCACAAUUCCGUAUGUAAGAAAUACGCAAUCACAGUCCCCAAGAAAGAUUCUAUCGGGAAAAACAAAAGGCAGCACAGGGGCUCUUACUCCAUCAGCAACAGAUGGCUCCGAUGAAGAUUUGAAGCUGGCAGAAGCUGAAAAAUUAUUGGUGGCACAGAAAUUAAAAAACAAAACCAAUAAGCAAAUGAUCGAGCCUGGAUUAAAUAAAGAGUUUUUAAAGCAACUGGGAAUGCUGGUCAAGAUUAUGAUACCUAAUACUCUGUGCUACGAGACAGGCUUGCUCAGCAUACACACGUUUUGCUUAAUUUCCCGCACCUUCCUCAGUAUUUAUGUAGCCGCAUUAGAGGGUGCACUUGUUAAGUUUAUAGUGCGGAAAGACGUUAAGCAGUUUUCUCUAGUUCUGCUUAAAUGGUUUGGUAUUGCUAUUCCCGCUACAUUUGUGAAUUCAAUGAUACGUUUUCUGGAAAGUAAACUCUCACUCGCCUUCCGAACUCGUUUGGUACGUCACUCAUACCGAUUAUAUUUCAAGAAUCAAAACUACUAUAGAGUGUCAAAUUUGGACGGACGUAUCGAAAAUGCGGAUCAUAGGCUCACUGAAGAUAUUUCCGUAUUUGCUAGUUCUGUGGCUCAUUUGUACAGUAGCCUGACUAAGCCUUGUUUCGACUUGAUGCUAAUUGGCUUAGCAUUAAUGAGGUCUUCCAGAAAAAUGAAAGCGAAUAUCCUAACAGGUCCGGCUUUGUCUGUAAGUGUUAUUGCCCUAACCGCGCACAUCUUAAGGAUUGUCUCACCAAAGUUUGGACAGCUGGUAUCGGAAGAGGCAAACCGAUAUGGUUAUCUUAGACAUAUUCACUCUCGCAUCAUAACAAAUGCUGAAGAAAUCGCCUUCUACGGAGGACAUAAGGUGGAGAUGCAGCAGUUAAGGCAGGCAUACAAUCGCCUUGUCAAUCAAAUGAACAACAUUUUUAGCCAAAAACUUUGGUUUAUAAUGCUCGAACAAUUUUUUAUGAAGUACGUCUGGUCUGGUACUGGAAUGAUUAUGGUUUCGUUACCUAUUCUGACAGGCAGCACCGGUGAUCCAUCUCUUGUUGAAUCUUCUGCCACUGAGUCCAAUGUUAGCGAGCGCACUCAGUAUUUGACAACAGCCAGAAAUUUACUAAUUUCUGCAGCGGACGCCAUUGAAAGAUUAAUGUCAUCUUAUAAGGAGAUUGUUGCCCUUGCUGGUUACACUUACCGAGUAGCUGGAAUGAUGGAUGUGUUUGAGGAGACCGCACAGGGAGUCUAUUGUAAGGCAACAGUGGUAGAAAAUGAUGAGAUGAAUGGUAUCAUUGAAUUUCGUGAUGGCAAACCUGUUGCUAAGGGCCGCAUUAUUUAUACGGAUGAUCCCGGAAAUAUGUCCAUCACUCUACGAGCAGUUCCAGUAGUGACACCCAACUGUGAUAUAGUUGUACCAAGCCUAACGCUUUGCAUCGAGCCCGGUGUGCAUUUGCUAAUAACAGGUCCAAAUGGAUGUGGAAAGUCCAGCUUAUUCCGUAUAUUAAGUGGACUUUGGCCCAUCUAUGCGGGGGAAUUGCAUAUUCCACGGCCCGUGGAAGAUAAACCAUGCAUGUUCUAUAUACCGCAGCGUCCGUAUAUGUCCAUUGGCAGCUUAUGUGACCAAAUAAUAUACCCCGAUACCCGAGAAGAUAUGAAACGUAAGAACAUAACAGAAAAUGAGCUUAAAGAAAUUUUAAAAAUGGUUAGCCUUGAGCACAUUGCGCAACGUGAUAGUUUUGAUGUUGUUCGCGAUUGGAAGGACAUUCUAUCUGGAGGAGAAAAACAACGCAUGGCGAUAGCUCGCUUAUUUUAUCAUAAACCACGUUACGCUCUCCUUGAUGAAUGUACCAGCGCAGUUUCUAUAGACGUUGAGAGCUCGAUAUAUGAAAUCGCAAAAAGCAUGGGAAUAACUCUUCUGACAAUAACACACAGACCGACUCUAUGGAAAUAUCACACACACAUUUUGGAGUUUGACGGUCUGGGAAGCUGGCGGUUCAGAAAAAUGGAUUUAAAUGAGCAGCAGAAAGAACAGUUCCUUCAUUAACUACCGUUUUAAGUAUUUUACAUGUAUAGUUACAUAUAAAUAUUUAACUAAGUUGUCGUUUUUAAGCUAAAA